GACUAAUAAUACAAUUAAAGCAUACUCUACCGAGACAAUUAAUCCUUGUAAUUAGUAGUAUGCUGCAAUUAACCAAAGUUUUAAUUUCUUAUUAUGGUGUAGUGUAAAUUUGAGCUCUCGUAUGAUUAAUCAUGUUAUCCGGGCCGACUAGGUAUCCAACUUGUUCUAGGCCCAAUUCUAAUUUUGGGACUUUCAUCUUCUUCUUCCUUGAAAUUUUAUUACUAAUGGCUGCAAAGUCGAUUAGUCCUCAGUCAUGGAGUGAGGGCUACUCAGUAUUACCAUUUACCAUGGCAAUCUUCCGUCAGUAUAGCUAAUUCUCCCAAUGAGGUUCGCAAAAGCUGCAUUUCCGAAAACACUGCCGGAAUCCAGCAGCAGCAAUGUCCACCAAGCUUUUCGAACAUUUCUGAACUUCCGGCCAGUUGACCACCACCGGAUAGACUAUAAUUUGUUUGCCAAACUCAUCCGACGAUGUACCGAACGCCACCUUGUUCGCCAAGCUAAGCAACUUCAUGCCAGGUUCGUGCUAUCUUCGACACUGCUUGACAAUUUCCUCGCUUCACAGCUUAUCAAUUUCUAUUCCAAGAAUAAUCAUCUCCGCGAAGCCCAUCACGUGUUCGAUCAAAUACCCAGCAAGAAUACAUUCUCCUGGAAUGCGCUACUCAUUGGCUAUUCUCAGAGGAAUUAUCACAACGAGACCCUGAGUUUAUUUCGUUCCUUCUUACGUGGUGUUUCUAAUUCAUUGUCUGCCAAACCCGACGGUUUUUCGCUUACUUGCGCAUUGAAGGCGCUGGCUGGGCUUUCCUGCGAUUCUUUGUUGGUGAACAUAGUUCAUUGUUAUGUCGUGAAGAGCGGGACCGAUUCAGAUGUUUUUGUGCCUAAUGCUCUACUCACGUGCUAUUCGCGUAGUGAUGAUAUGGUUUCAGCAAGAUGUUUGUUUGAUGAAAUGUCUAACAGGGACUUGGUGUCGUGGACUUCUUUGAUUUCGGGUUAUUCUCAAGCUGGAUUUUAUGAGGAAUCUAAGAAACUGUACAGGAGAUUGUUGGCUCUGGAGGGAGUUCGUCCCAACGGGCCCACCUUGGUGAGUGUUUUACAGGCUUGUGCACAAUCAAAUGAUCUAAUAUUAGGGAUGGAAGUUCAUAAAUAUGUGAUUGAAAAUGAUAUUGAAAUGGAUGUUACACUCUGUAAUUCCAUUAUCUCAUUGUAUGCGAAGUGUGGUAGCUUGGAUUAUGCCAGAGAUCUUUUUGAUGAGAUGAGUGAGAAGGAUGAGAUCACAUAUGGCGCUAUUAUUUCAGGAUACAUGGCUUAUGGUUUCAUUGCCGAGGCCCUUGAGGUAUUUAGGGCAAUUAGGGAUCCUGUAUUGAGUACUUGGAAUGCUAUAAUCUCAGGCCAUGUUAAGAACAAUCAGUUCCAAGGAGCCUUAGAUUUCUUUCGAGAGAUGCUAGAGUUUGGCUGUCGACCUAGUAUUGUGACAAUUUCAAGCAUACUUGCAGCACUUUCACACCUAUCAGAUUUAAAAGUUGCAAAAGAGAUACACGCGUAUGCUAUUAAGCAUGAUUACGAUGAUAAUGUAUAUGUUGCAACUGGCAUUGUUGAUAAUUAUGCUAAGUUUGGGUUCAUUUCUGGAGCGAAAACUGUUUUUGUUAGAACAAGAGACAGGAGUGUGGUUAUUUGGACUGCUAUCAUCUCAGGAUAUGCAGCUCAAGGAGAUGCCGGCGUUGCACUUUAUCUAUUUAAUGAGAUGUUAAACGAAGGAUUACAGCCAGAUCCAGUUACAUUUACUGCAUUAUUAGGUGCUUGUGCUCGUGCUGGUUUGGUUGAAGAAGCAUGGUUUCUAUUUCGCUCUUUAGUCCCGAAUUAUGGCAUUGAACCUGUAGCUGAGCACUAUGCAUGCAUGGUGGGAAUUCUAAGCCGAGCAGGAAAGCUUUCUGAAGCGUUAGAAUUCAUACGUGAAAUGCCAGUUGAACCCGAUGCGAAGACGUGGGGUGCGCUACUUAAUGGGGCUUUGUUGUCAGGUAAUCUGGAAAUUGGGAAAUUUAUUUCUGACCAGUUGUCAAAGAUGGAUACUGAAGUUGAUGCAAAUCAUUUCCUUUUGGUAAAUUUGUAUUCAAAAGUCGGAAAAUGGAAAGAGGCGGAAGUGCUUAGGAAGGAAAUACAGAAUGUUGGGCUGAAGAAGGUUGCAGGCAGUAGUUGGAUUGAAAGUUGAGGAGUUUACGUAGUUUUACACCUAGAGUUUUAUCAACUGAAGGAGUUGAUUAGUUUUAUGAGUGAGCAACUUCUUGUUACCGGUUGAGGAAUAUAGGUUGUGUAAUUUGUCUAAGACAGAAUCACUCGGUAUGAGGUAGGCCAUUCCAAAAGGAUCAUCUGACGUUAGUUCAUUUGAACAAUAUACUUGAUGAAAGCUGCAGAACAUCUGACGAUAUGCCAACUGAAGGAGUUGAUUGUGUCUUCGUUGGUGUUGUGAAUUUUGGCUGAUAAAAGUCAUUUAUCAUGUGUGGAUUUUUAUAAGUCGGAUUUGGUAUGUCCUAUCUCUGAGAAUGGCAAUUGCUUUUCUAAAGUUUAUUGAUUGUCAAACGAAAGGACCAUCCCUUCAUGUAUACAAGAUUGACCCUAAGUGUCAUCAAACAGCAUCUACACGAUUUUUUCCCCCAUCAUCCCCUCCUUUUUGUAACUGGAAAUCGAUCAUUAAGAAGCUCACG